UUGAGAUUCCGCUGCAAUUGUCAUGUACGAAUUGCAGGAAUUUGAGAAAAGUGUAAAAGGAAAGCGAUGUGGAGGAUCACUGAGAUCGGCUUUGGAAGAUGGAAGGCUUCGCCCGAUUGCUAUGAAGGCGCCAAAGAUGGUUGAGCGUCAUCGUCGAGAGCGCUGUAGGAGCACAACCAAGGCAAUAAUCGCUGUGAUGCUGACGAGUCUCGUGGCGAUGUUCUGCUACGCCGUCUGGAGGAUACGCGACAUCGAGAGUCCGUCGGAGAUGAUCGAAUACGAGUAUCGCAUAAUCGGUACGGGCGAGAUCGUCGUUACCGACCGCGAGGCGAAAGAAUCAUGAGACGUUAUGAUGGUUGGCCGCUUUUGAUCAGCCAUCAUGGCGAGACUGGAGACUGGACGAGUGACCACGAACAAUAGCGAACCUGAGCUCCAAGCAGAAUGAAGAAAGAUCGUUAAAGCUUCGGGUUAUAUUUAUACGGUCGAUUCGUCGUACGGGGACGGCCGGUACAUGAUUUUCUUCAGGAUCACAUUUACACAAUAAAAUAGAGCUUUCACCUUUC